CAAGUUACAGGAGCAAAAGCGCCGCACCGAGUGCACACACGCCCGCCAGUCAUCACGCGCUGUCGUUUGACAGCUUGUGCCAGCGCGAAGCGGUAGAGCCGCAAAAACUACCCGCCGAGCCGCCCCAGCUAAAGGCGCUGUGCUGCUACCCUAACGCUAACGCCGAUAACCGCGCGCCACCCGGCAGUAGCGGCGCAUAACACACGUGCGCGCUUAGCGGCAAAAACGAUGACGCGACCAAAAGCCGCCGCCGCGCGCGACCGACGAAAAGCCGCCGCCGAAGAGACGCCGGCCUCGGACGGCGACGCGCCCGCGCCCGCGCCCGCCCCUACUGGAAGAGCGAGUCCACUAGGAGGCACCAGUAUAGCGCGGCCGGGCCGCGCGAGCCCGCUGGGCGGCACGAGCAUAACCGCAGGACGACGCUCUCCACUGGGCGGCACGUCGAUCACCGCGGGCCGCACCUCACCAAAGCUCGGCGGCACGAGCAUCGCCGGCGCUACAAGAAGGCCGAGCACGACCCUGUCGCUCAACGACCCCUAUCGACCGAGCCUCGGCAAACGACCAAGGGCGCCCGGCGCCGACGCGUUGGCUCUGGUGCUCACGCAACAACCGGCCAACGACGACGGCCAGCGCCUGUCCGAGUUCUGCACGACCUACAAGAAGAAGGCCGGCGCCAAGGGCAUGACCAAAAGACCAAAACAGGAGAAGCCGCCGCGGCCGCCGCUCAUCCAGCCCCCUCCCAAAAAACAGGCGCCGCCGGCGGCGCAGCGGGCCCAGGUGCGGAUUGUCGAUGGGCAGUUGGUCGUGGCCGAGCCGCAGGCCCCUGAAGAAUCAGCUCCGGAGGUCGAGGAAGAAGGUCUGAUCGAAGUGAGGGGCGACGAUGCCCCGGGUGCUACUUCUGCCUCGUAUAGUAAUCGAGUCCCAUCCGAACGAUGGGGGCUCGAGGAGACAAGAAGGUUCUACGACGCUCUUAGACGCUUCGGCACGGACUUCACGAUGAUGCUGACGGCGUUUCCCGGGCGGACGCAACGCCAGCUCAAGAACAAGUUCAAGCGCGAGAACCGGACGCAGUCGGCCCUCGUGUCUCUAGCCUUGGACGCGUCGAUCGCCGCGGACCUGACCGCUCCUUUAGUGAUCGAGGCGGCGCCCGUCGAAAAGCCGUCGUCACGACAAAUUACCUACGGGCCGGACGCGGGGGUCUUUCUCUUCGACCCCGCGUUGGACGCCGAGAAGGACCUCAAGCCAGUGUAA